AUUUCGUGUGUGCAGGCGGCUGGCAAGAUGCCGACUCGUGACAGGACCAACUACGUCCGACGCCGACUGCGCCACGAGUUCGACGAGGCGCGGGAGGAGACCAACCCGGAGAGGAUCUUGUUCCUGUUGCGCCUCGCGGAGACGCAGCUGGAGACGGUGGAGGUGCAGGCGCAGCACUUGACGUCCACCUUCUCCAGCCCAGACUACCACCGCACGUAA